AAACAAAAGCGGCGGAGAGUACUAAGGCAAUCAAAGCUACACCGAGGGUAUUCAAAAAACCUGCCGCAGACGCGCUAGAGCCUUCGAGGGAAGAGUCCGCGUUUUCCACAAGCCUCAGACGAGCGUUAUUGCACGGGAUUAGCACUCAGAUUUAAAGUUGAAGCAGAUUUUCCCCCCUCUCUCUCUUGCAGUGCAGGAGUGGCUAAAAGGCAACAGCAAGCGAUUCAGAUCAGAUUUCAUUUAGACCAGCUGGGCGAGAGCAAGAGACAGCGUUCUGCCUUUUUUCCCCUUCCCCUCUCUGGUCCAAGGAGAGCACAGGGGGUGCGAGAGAGAGAGAGAGAGAGACGGACUGAGAUCCAAAGGAAUUUCUCGGGGGUGUUCCUUUUAGCCUGAGAGAGAAGCUUUACUUGUCAAGAGGAGAGUGAGAGCCAGAGAACAGGGCUGAGAUGGACGAGCAGCCGCGGUUGAUGCACUCUCACGGAGUGGGGAUGGCCGGACACCCCGGCCUUUCUCAGCAUAUGCCGGAUGGCACCGGAGGGACGGACGGAGAGGGCAGGAAACAGGACAUUGGAGACAUUUUACAGCAAAUCAUGACCAUUACAGAUCAAAGUCUGGACGAAGCGCAGGCCAGGAAACAUGCUUUGAAUUGCCAUAGAAUGAAGCCGGCUCUCUUCAACGUCUUAUGUGAAAUUAAAGAAAAAACAGUGCUGAGUAUCCGUGGCGCCCAGGAGGAGGAGCCCCCAGAUGCCCAGCUGAUGCGAUUGGACAACAUGCUCCUGGCGGAGGGGGUGUCUGGGCCGGAGAAAGGUGGCGGCUCGGCGGCAGCCGCAGCAGCAGCGGCGGCGGCGGGCGGGGCAGGAGCAGACAACUCUGCCGAACACUCGGACUACCGGGCCAAGCUGUCCCAGAUCCGACAGAUAUACCACACCGAGCUGGAGAAGUACGAACAGGCCUGCAACGAGUUCACGACCCAUGUGAUGAACCUGCUGCGGGAGCAGAGCCGGACGCGCCCCAUCUCCCCCAAAGAGAUCGAGCGCAUGGUGAGCAUCAUCCACCGCAAAUUCAGCUCCAUCCAGAUGCAGCUCAAACAGAGCACCUGCGAGGCCGUCAUGAUUCUGCGCUCACGCUUCCUGGACGCCAGACGAAAGAGACGGAACUUCAACAAGCAGGCGACAGAGAUCCUCAACGAGUACUUCUACUCGCACCUCAGCAACCCUUACCCCAGCGAAGAGGCGAAAGAGGAGCUGGCCAAGAAGUGCUCCAUCACAGUGUCGCAGGUAUCUAACUGGUUCGGAAACAAAAGAAUCCGAUACAAGAAGAACAUUGGGAAGUUCCAGGAAGAAGCCAACAUGUACGCCGCCAAAACAGCUGUGAACGCAGCCAACGUGUCUGCUCACGGCAGCCAAGCCAACUCGCCCUCAACCCCAAAUUCAGCAGGGUCUGCCGGCUCUUUUAACAUGUCAAAUUCCGGAGACUUGUUCAUGAGCGUGCAGUCACUCAAUGGGGACUCCUAUCAAGGGGCCCAGGUGGGAGCCAACGUGCAGUCACAGGUGGAUACCCUUCGCCAUGUUAUCAGUCAGACAGGAGGAUACAGUGAUGCGCUCGCAGCGAGCCAGAUGUACAGUCCGCAGGGCAUCAAUGCAAACGGUGGCUGGCAGGAUGCUACAACCCCUUCAUCAGUGACUUCGCCCACAGAAGGACCCGGAAGUGUUCACUCCGAUACCUCCAACUGAUCCCCACCACCACACUACUACCCCCGCAAGCUCCACAACAUCAGCCUUGCCAGCGACCGCCACCUAGAGCGGAGGUGAACCCACCAGUAACACAAUUGGUUUUCCAACUGUUCGGGAAAUGCUGUAAAAAAAAAUAAAAAACAAAAAAAACAAAAUGGUAUCAACACACACGCUGAUGUCUAAAAAUCACACUGGGUUCAUAAAAAAAAAAAACCAACCCUGGUACUGUAGAUCGUUUGGAAUACUGAUUAAAUACAGAUCACCAACAGACAUGUUUGUAAAGUUUUCACAAUAUAAUCAAGAGGAUCCAGUUUAUCUUGAUUUACUUGUAAUUAUCUCACUCGUUAAAUGUUAAAAUAAAUAAUGAAAAUAACAGGCAACACUUGUAUUUCGAUUUAAAUGCU